CGCGGAAAUCUGUAUCAUACCAAACUUUUGCAAUGGCCAUUGGUCACACCCAGUUGUAGUUCACAGUCUAAACCAGUGAUCCCAGUUAGAUGCUUUAAAAUAUUGUCUUUUAUACGUACACGUACGUUACAUUUAUUAGCAUAUCAGAAUGUCUCACACUGUAGUUACUACAAUGACGACGACAACAACAUCGACAUCGGAUGGAGGAUUUUGCAACAUCGGUUAUGCGCGUUCGCUUCAAGGAUUGCUGAAAAUAGGCCAAGUGGUGACCCUCUUGAUUGCUUUCCUGUGUGUGCACUGUGAGUCACGGUGGACCGAUUUCUCCGCGUUACGGUACUUCGAGGUAGUCACUGUAUGGUUCCUUAUUGUCUUCCUCUUUUUCUUCCUGAUGUAUCUGAUGAGACUUCAGAGCAAAAUUCCAUGCAUUAACUGGACUUUGACAGAGUUUUUACAUUAUGCCGUAGGAGGUAUCUUGGUCUUCAUCGCUUCUAUCGUUGCUGUCGUGAAAAGUUAUGGGAUCCCAGGUUUAGUCGCUGGAUCUGUGUUUGGCUUUAUGGCUACAUUUCUUAUUGCCAUCAGCAUAUGGACCUCUUAUAAGGUUACAUGUGGCUCUCAACCAACUGGUGCAGCAGUUUAACAUGAAGAAUGAAACUGUCUUAUAACCUGAAAGUAUCAAGGAAGAUUCUCGAUUUGUUUUAGAUUGUUGAUGGGUGCUUUAAAGAUCUGAAAGGGGGCAUUUUGACACCCGUUGAAGAUGCUGUAUCCUGGACACAAGAUGUGCAUUCUGCGGCUGGGAUCAAAGGUCUGAAUUUAGCAGCUGUAAGACUCCUAAAGAGUGGAAUGUGGUUCUUUAUCCUUAAUGCCUAAAGCCAAAAGAGGCCAUUUAUCCACAAGAUUGUUUACAUUAUUUAUUUGAUACUAUAUCAUGUCUUCUAGAAUCGAUAUAGUGCUUGCAAUCAAAGUAUUAUACGACUGAAGUUUAAGAGUUUAAAGAAUUUGCGGAUUGAUGGUGUCUCACUGUAUUAUAAUUUUAAGAGAUGAAGUGUUUUUGCUUUUCACAGUAUUUAUGUAUGGUAUUGUAAUACAUAACAGCAUUACUGUAAAGUUUGAAGAUCUGGCUUUCCGAGUGCAAGUAACUUGUUUUGUACACACUCUUUGCUUUAAAAGUCUUGGCUCUAAAUGAUGUGUCGC